CUUCACUCUUCGGACCAGAAAUGGCUCUUUCCUCUAUUUCCCAUUCUACCCUUCUCACAUUCCUCUAUUUUCUCAUCUUCUCUUCACACCACAUACCCAUUGUAGCCUUUAACAUCACCAAUUUUUUAUCCUCCAACCCCGAUCUUUCCGACUUCACCAACCUCCUCACAACCACCUCCGUCGCCGCCGAUCUGACCCAACGAACUGCCGUCACACUCCUUGUCGUCCCCAACACCUAUCUCCGCUCCUCCGAUCUGACCCAUCACCCUUACACCCCCUCUUCCACCAACCUCGCGGAUGUUUUCCGCUACCAUGUCCUCCUCGAAUACCUCUCUUUGUCUGACCUCCAAAGUGUCCCACCCAACGGAAAACUAGUCACCACCCUCUUCCAAACCACAGGCAGAGCCACUGGCAACUUUGGCUCUGUCAACAUCACCCGUAACCCCACUACCAACACCGUCACCAUCUUCUCACCCACAACCAACGCUACCAUUCUCUCUCUCAUCAUAUCCUUGCCGUACAACAUCACCAUCUUCUCCGUCAAUUCCCUUCUCGUCCCUUACGGAUUCGAUCUCAUGGCUUCCGAAACAAGACCCCCUUUGGGUCUCAACAUCACCAAAGCCCUCAUCGAUGGCCACAACUUCAAUGUGGCGGCUUCAAUGUUGGCGGCAUCAGGUGUCGUCGAAGAGUUCGAAGCGGAUGAGGGUGGUGCUGGAAUUACUCUCUUUGUCCCCACCGACGAUGCGUUCUCUAAUCUACCAGCGACAGUGAGAUUUCAAUCUCUGUCAGCUGAUCAGAAAGCUGUGGUCUUGAAAUUUCAUGUUUUACAUUCCUAUUAUCCACUUGGGUCGCUCGAGUCAAUCGUGAACCCGGUUCAGCCUACAUUGGCUACGGAGGAUAAGGGAGCUGGAAGCUACACAUUGAACAUUUCUAGGGUUAAUGGGUCGGUGGCGAUUAAUACUGGGAUAGUUCAAGCGUCAGUGACACAGACGGUGUUUGAUCAGAACCCGGUAGCCAUUUUUGGGGUUUCCGAAGUGUUGUUGCCCACGGAGAUUUUUGGGAAGAACCCAAUUUUGGUUAACAAGCCUAGUAAUAAUGGUGCAACGGGUAAUGCUCAGCCGCCUGAUAUUUCUCCGUCACCGGAAAUUUCACCGGCAUUGUAUGAACCGCCGAGUCAUUUGUCUUCUCCGCCGGGAUUUCGCGAGGACAUACGAUCUGUAGCGCCCAAUAAUGGAGUUCGGAGAGCCAGUGUGGCUCUUUGGUUUAUAGGGUUUUAUGUAUUGGUAUGACAUUAAAUUACAUUAUUUCUCAAGGAAAUUACCAUUUUUUUUUCUGGGUUUUUUGUUGUUGUUGUUGUUGUUUCUUUUUGACACGGAGAAUUGAAUUGGGCUACAAAAGCAGCCAUUUUUCUUCUGGGAUUCUUGGGGAGAUUUUAAUUUCGCCUUUAUGUCAAAAAGUAGCAUUUAUUUCUCCUCUCCAUGGUUCAGCAUUGCUGUUGUAAAAAGAAGUUGAAUUUUGGUGUAUAAUUAUGAAAUCUGUUGUACAAGU